GACGCGAAUCACUACACAACGUCAACCGUUCCGUGUUCUAUUACUGAACAAGCCUGGUAUCUUUGAGGCUUGUUCAACGUCGUACCAGGAUGCCCAAAGUUGUCUCCAGAUCAGCGGUAUCGUCCUCAGCGGAUGCACAACCAACGGCGUCUUCAGCAACAUCCCUCCGGGUCUACUAUUGUAUUUGUGGCGAGUUCAUUCUUGUAAUUGAUAAAAGUCUAGCUGCACUACCCAGACGUAAAACAGACGAAGCGAUUAUCAUACGUUGUCAAGACAGUGAUCAAGGCGGACAGAGAGUGUUCAAGCUGAAUGCCAUUGCUAGCGACCCCAUUCUGCUGGAAAGAGCAAACGGUCAUGAGAAACAGUACAGGUUCCAGUGCCCACGGUGCUCGUUGGUUAUCGGGUAUCAGUCAUCGCCCCCACCUGUGAAGUCGGCGUCCUUUCUGUACGUCGUAAAAGGAGCCCUGACUCAGAUGCAAGGCCAGGUCCCACCCGAUGCGUUUGAGGGAGAGCAUGAAUUGUAGCUUGGUAUAUACGGUACAUAUCAACGAUAUAAAGUCCUGUGGAGGAGAGAGAAAUGUCAGUGAAAGUCAUGAAACGAAUUUUGAAAGCAAA